AUGUCGUGGUCAUCCUUCAUGCAGAAGGCUCAGUCGUUGAUUGAUCCAGCCAAUUUCAACAUUCCUUCUCUUUCCUCCGACAAUCACAAUCCUUCCAAGGCCUCACUCUUCCGCCAACAGUUCCGCCUCCCCGACACCCAGAAUCCCCUGCAGGAGAUCACUGCCGACCUUGUCCUCCCUCUUCCAACCUCCUCGAGCCCUGGCGAAGGCUCCCGCAAGGUUGACCGGCCAGGUAAUCGGUAUACAGGGCGUCUGCACCUCAGCGAGCGAUUCAUCUGCUUCUCAACACAGCCAACGAGCUUCCUCCCCUCCUCCACCCUCAGUGCUUCGACAAAUUUCACUGGGCAAACACACGGCACUGGACCUUCUGGUAAUGGCUUCACGCUGCCCCUGUCUUGCAUUCGUCGCGUCGAGCGACUUCAUAGCGCCAGUCACGUCUUCUCUCUAGCAUUGACAACAUGGAAUGGAUUAUUGAACAAACAGCAAGAACCCAAUUUUGCGCCUCAGCGUCUCAUCCUGCAGCUUGUCGGUAGCAGACAAGCUUGUGAGCGAUUCUGCGAUUGUCUCAAGAAGGGCCUGCGCGAAGGCAUGAAGGAGGUCGACAAUCUGCGAUCUGUUGUUUCGGAUUGCUAUUCGGAGUAUUUGCUCUCGGGUGCGAAGGGGAAGACACAAGAAGAGCAGGGAGAGAACUUUCGUCCGCCCCCAGAUGCGGGACUGGGCAUGCUCUUCCGCUACCCCGGUGAUGCGCGCAAGCUUCGAGACCGGAGUAAGAUGAGACUUUGGGGCGAGUAUUUCCGAGAAAACGGUCGCAAUGCAACGCUUGUCCGUCAGCCCACGUUUCACAAGCUGAUCAGAGUCGGGUUGCCGAAUAGAUUGCGUGGAGAGAUAUGGGAACUUUCAUCUGGCUCUUUUUUCCUCCGUCUUCGUUCGCCUAAAUUAUAUAAGGAGACGUUAGCUAAGUUCGAUGGCCAGGAGUCUCUCGCCAUCGAUGAGAUCGAAAAGGACCUGAACCGCAGUCUACCAGAAUAUCCCGGCUUCCAGAGUGAAGAGGGCAUUGGUCGCUUGCGUCGCGUUCUUACAGCAUACAGCUGGACCAAUGCCGAAAUUGGAUAUUGUCAAGCUAUGAACAUUGUCACUGCGGCCUUGCUAAUAUAUACGUCCGAAUCUCAGGCAUUUUUCCUCCUUUCCAUGCUGUGUGAUCGUCUCCUUCCCGGAUACUAUUCUACCACCAUGUAUGGCACUCUGCUUGAUCAAAAGGUCUUUGAAUCUCUUGUGGAAAAGACUAUGCCAGUUCUCUGGGAGCAUCUCGUGAAAUCGGAUGUGCAACUCUCCGUCGUCUCUCUUCCGUGGUUCCUUUCACUUUACAUCAACUCUAUGCCUCUUGUCUUUGCAUUUCGUGUUUUGGACGUUUUCUUCUUGGAAGGCCCCAAGGUGCUGUUCCAGGUGGGUCUGGCGAUCCUUCGUGUGAACGGCGAGGAGCUUUUGGACAUCCAGGAUGAUGGCUCUUUCAUCUCUGUGCUGAAAUCUUACUUCUCUCGCUUGGAUGAAUCUGCCCAUCCCAAGUCCGAAAACCCGAAGCUGCGGGCGAUCACCCGAUUCCAGGAAUUGAUGGUGGUGGCUUUCAAGGAGUUCUCGGGCAUCACCCACAGCACCAUUGUCGAGCAGCGCGAGAAGCACAAGGAUUCUGUUUUGGAGAGUAUUGAAAAUUUCGCCAAACGUACUUCCAUCCGCAAUCUUGGUCCUGAGAGCAAGCGUCUCAGUGUCGAUGAUCUUGGUACCAUAUAUGAUCGCUUCUACGAGAUUUUGUACCAAUGGGAGCAGCACCAGAGACUCAUUGAGGAUGAAAGGAAGCGACAGGAAAAGAAAAAGUCUGAGCGUCUCUCUAUUCUUGGACCUCCUGCAGAUGCAGAGGUGGGCCGUGUUGGUCUUGGGCCCAGUCCCACUCACAUGGACUACGAUGCUUUCAGAGAAUUCUUAGCUGCUACCUCAAAAUGGGCUGUCUCGGAUACGCCUGCUGGCUCCCGGAAAGAUUCCCAGGGCUACAGCAGUCUCCGGGGAACCAACAGGUCACUGCUCUGGGCCAAUCGCCGGCAACCGGCAGACCACGAGUUCAUGCAACGGCUUUAUCGAAAGUGGGCCGAUGACCCCGAGGAAGGCUUGAAUUUACAGAAUGUUGUGAAUGGACUGGCUCGCCUCAAGGGAUCGCCGGAUAUCAUGAACAACAUCAACUACUUCUUCGACCUAUACGAUGACAGUGGCAAUGGCCAAGUCGACCGGGAGGGGAUCCUUAAAAUCUCCGAGGCGCUUCUCUUCCUGUCCCGUCGUGGAUUCGAGGGCACCAUCACUGCUACUCAGUCUCAGGAAGAUCUGGACGGCGCUCGCGAUGAGCAAAGCAGACUUACCACCGACGAGAGAUUCCUAGGUAGCGUCAGUGCCUUCAUUCGUCGCUGCUUCGAAUACGCCGACCCCAGCCACCCCGAGAACCAGAAGGCCACCAAGCAGGAUGAUGCCGAAGAGGUCGCAGAAAAGCUUGACUCCUUUGCCAUUGGCGAUGACGAAGAGGAUUUGAUCGAGAUCGACGACAAGGAGGAGGAGUCGCCUUCCCCGGAAGCCUCUCAACCAGCCAAACCCAAUGAGAGCGAGCAGAAUCGGCCAACAUCCGAGUCAGCAAACCCGGCCCUCGACCCCAACAACCCUCUUCACAUUACCCUCCCAACCUUCCGAAUGGUCAUCCUAGCCGACGAGCUCCUCGAACAGUUCUUCGAAUCCUACUUCCCACAAUCCUUCCACCUCUCCGACCACCCUCACCCAGCCUCCCUCGCCGCAUCCUCGUCCCUUUCCUCAAACCUCACGACCUUCUCCAACAUCGGCAGCACCAAGGCCACCAACGUAUCCGCAGCCGGAGUCGUCACUGUCGCCGGCGCCUCCGGCGGCAUCGUCCCGCCCGGCAAAGGCCUCCGUGGCGUCCUCGACAAUAUCGUCACAGACGGCAUCCGCAUGGCCGCCGAAGUCAAGAAACGCAUGGACGAAGCCCAGCGUGACCUCGAGCGCAACGCCCUCGGCAGACCUGAAGAGGAAGACGAAGAGGACGAUGAAGAUGACUUCCGCCGAGGCUCAACUGCCGCCAUGGCAGGCGGUAUCUCUAGCUGGGGCGCAGGCGCAUACGGCGCGGAUCCACGCGGUAGCGUCCGUGAUGCCGAUCGUGAUCUCCUCGAAGGCGCAGAAGUCCUCAGUGUCCGCGGUAAAGAUGAAGCGUCUUCUCUUCUCGAUGGCAAGGAGGGAGCUGACAAAUCCCAUGUCGGAAACAAUGGCUCACCUUCCCAUGACGCCGAUGUUGUUAGCAAGGUCGUUGAGUUUGAAUCAUGA